AAAAUAUUUUUAAAAAGGCAGUACCCUUGUCUGCCUGAAGUUUUUUCUGGUUAAAUGGAAUCAAAUACAAGCUUAUCUGGUUGCUUGCAUUAUGAAUUAGUGAUGUGUAUGGCAUGCAGAGGAGAUGAAAAAGUAAGGCAAAGGUGAAAAUGUGUGACACAUUGCUAGUGAAGCAUUUGCCAUCUGCAUUCACUGAGCAUGAGAGGGAGAUAUUCCUGAAAAGAUUUGGUGCCAAGGAUGUCCAGUGCUUUGCUUCUCAGGGACCCAUGAAGAAUGCUGCCCUUGCAAGGUUCUCAAGUGCUGAGGAGGCAGAGCUGGCCCUAUUACAACUCCAUCAAAUCAAAGUCCAUGGGAAACGCCUUGUCAUCAUCUAUUUUUUCAAAGAGGAGGAGGGCCAAAGAAGGACAGAAAAUGCCUGGUUCCAAGGGCUCACUAUCUGGGCUGACAAAAGAUUCAUGGAUAACAUUGAUUACCUCAAAUAUACCUUAAUCACUGUUCAGCACCCACCCAUGGAUGGUGUCACAAACUCUUUUUACACAAUAGCAAUCACCUGA